UUUUUCACACAACAUUGAAUUUGACUCUCAUCGGUGGGUGAACAACACAAUAACUUAUUAUUAAACUUUUUUCUUCUUCUAAUCUCGGCAGACAUACUGCUGCCCAGCCGGCAUUUGACAUUACGAGUUAUGAACAAUCCACCAGGGUUGCACAGAAAAAUGUUGUUGUUGGGCAAAUGACCCUAUAUUAUAAGUUCUUGUACCAUGUAUUUCGCCAUGGAUUACUAUCAAACUUCAGCGACUAUUCCGUUAGCAGAACAGAAUACCAACCCUUACCCUGUGAUAAUAGGUCUUCUUUGGCGUCUGACUGUUACCAUAGCUUCGAUGGCACGUUGUCAUUAUGUCAAAUGUCAAUCAGUAUUUUUGUUUACAUUUGGGUUUUGUUGUAUAAAUAGUAAAGGGGUCGUAGGAAGAGAGGAGAAAGCCUAAUGUUCUAUCCAUAUUCAUAAGUAGUGAUCAAUUCUUUUAACAAUUGGAAGUUUGUUGAACUUUGUUACUACAACAAGCCAAAGAAGAAAGCAAGUCACAACCUAUUGACUCUGAAACUAAAUCUAAGCAUGCGAAAUAUGAAAACCCUUAGGCGACUCGAAUUGAUUACUUCGUUGUUAUGUAUGAUUGCCUAAGUUGGAAUUAAUUAGAAGAAUUGCUUAGCUAAAACGGCAUACGUGUAAACUCCGCGAGAGACUUCGAAAUUCAAAAACGAUUGUCCAAGAGAAAUAAUAAAACAUGUCUAAUCGGGUGCCCGACAUAAUCAUAUGCGGGUUUUUUAUUCUAACCCUUUUGGUUAUACAUUUCUUUUCGGAUAUAUUGAGAACGGCACUAGGUGGUGACUAUGAUUCACACACAACCUUAUCGCAACUUGUGGACGCACAAGCUAAGGAGUACUCAUGGAUUCUUAAACUAUUAGUUAAUUGUUUUGGAUAUAGCUGUGUAUUUGUACCUGCAUAUCUAAUUUACAAGUAUGUUCAACGCACAAACUAUUUGGAACGGGGAGAUAAAACCUAUAUACACAAGGCGGUCUGUAUGUGUAUUAAUGGAAGUACUGGUUUGGACGUGGAGCGUGACGAGCCUUUACAGAAACCUGAUGUUACGUUAGUGGCUGGCCCACCAACACAAAAAUGUGCAGCACCAAAGCGCUCCAACUCGCACGAGGCCAUGCUACUUAUUUGGUGUUUUUCGGGUCUCAUGGUGUCUUAUUUGACUUGGGGUUUGCUGCAGGAAAAGAUAAUGACCCAAAAAUAUUACAAUUUCGAAGGUGUGCAGUCAAAUUUUAAAGAUUCCCAAUUCUUGGUGUUCUCCAACCGCAUUCUAGCAUUCAUUGUGGCAGUUCUUGUGCUGCAAUACAAAAAACCCGUGACACGACACAAAGCACCACUUUAUAAAUACUCAUUUGCCUCAUUUUCGAAUAUUAUGAGCGCUUGGUUUCAGUACGAGGCCUUGAAAUUUGUCAAUUUCCCCACGCAAGUGUUGGCAAAGUCGUGCAAAAUUAUACCCGUCAUGUUAAUGGGUAAAAUACUCUCAAAGAAUAAGUAUCAGUGCUAUGAAUACUUUACAGCUGUCCUUAUCUCAUUGGGAAUGAUGUUUUUCAUGAUGGGUUCCGCAAACAGCAGUAAAUCAAGUGGCGUUACGACAAUAACCGGUGUAGUCCUUCUGGCCAUGUACAUGAUUUUUGAUAGCUUCACUGCUAACUGGCAAGGAGAUCUUUUUAAGGCAUAUGCGAUGUCUCCAUUACAGAUGAUGUGUGGAGUUAAUUUGUUUUCUACCAUAUUUACGGCGGCAUCCUUAAGUGUGCAAGGCGGAUUUAUGGACUCACUAUCAUUUGCAACAGAUCACCCCAAGUUUGUUUUUGACAUUGUUGUAUUGUCAAUUAGUUCAGCAGUGGGCCAAUUAUUCAUUUUCUAUACCAUUUCGGUUUUUGGACCAGUUGUGUUUACCAUCAUAAUGACGUUACGACAGGCGGCAGCUAUAUUACUUUCGUGUCUCAUCUAUCAUCAUAGUAUCUCAAUUCUGGGAAUUCUCGGAGUAAUGGUUGUAUUCCUGGCUAUUUUUAUACGAGUGUAUUGCAACCAAAGAAUGAAAGCGAUGCGACAGCGUGCGGAGGCUCUUAAACCAAAAAUGGCAGUGUAGCCCUUGUGAUGCGUUAUUUUAGUUAUAAAUAUCAAUUACUCGCUCAAGUUAGGUGCUAAGACGAUUUUAAUUACUUAAUUGAAUGAAACAUAAAUAUUCAUUAAAUCUUAUAUGGAAAUAUCAA